AAUAAAAACAAGAAGAAUGGUGGAAGUGAGCGGCGGAGCAGCCACUGAACAGCCCUCAGAGACGACGGAGAUUCAAACUCAGCCGCAGCAGCAGCCCAACUUGUUGGAUAACAAAUGGGCUUUCUGGUUCGACAACCAGGCCAAGCCCAAGAGCGGCGCCGCUUGGGGUUCUUCUCUUCGCAAAGCCUUCACUUUUGACUCCAUUCAAGAUUUCUGGUGCUUGUAUGAUCAUGUAUUUAAGCCCAGUAGGUUGCCUGAAAAAGCUGAUUUUCAUUUAUUUCGAGCUGGAGUUGAGCCCAAGUGGGAAGAUCCUGCGUGUGCGAGUGGAGGCAAAUGGACUGUAAUUUCCAGCAACAAGGAUGGCCUUGAAACCAUGUGGCUUGAAACUCUGAUGGCUUUAAUAGGAGAGCAGUUUGAGGAGGCUGAGGAGAUAUGUGGUGUAGUUGUCAGCGUGCGUCAAAGACAGGAUAAAAUUGCAUUGUGGACUAGGAAUGCAGCUAAUGAAGCAGUUCAGAUGAGCAUUGGAAGGAAGUGGAAGGAAAUUCUCGAUAUUACUGAUAAGAUAUCAUACAGCUUUCAUGAUGAUUCUAAAAGGGAGAGAUCUGCAAAAAGUCGAUAUGCUGUCUAACUUACUAAACCUUCCCCAUUCAUCUUGUUGAUGUUGAAUACUUAAUUUCCAGAUUGCUGAACACCAUAUUGAGCAGAAUUAUAUUACAAUUCGGCAUAUACUGUUUUGUAGCAAUGUUUUGCCAUCAAAUGACCGGGGCCUGUCCUUUUCCGAUAACUAUUAUACUUUGUUUAAAUCGUUAGAAUGUUUGUUGGUAUUUCAGCUUAUGGCAUCUUUCCCCAUGAGUUUAAAGGAUUGGAGGCUUAGUUUUAA